AUCGGUCAAUUUGGUUUUCGCCCACCCUUAAUUAUAUAUAGUGCAAUAUUUUUGGAGUUCUAUUUGCCUCUCAUAUAUUACAAUCAAACAAAUCCCCCAACUUCUCUCAAAAAGCACCUCAUUUUCAACAAAAAUGGCAAUUCUAGAUCCAAGAUUGCACUGAUCACUGGCAUUACAGGCCAAGAUGGUUCAUGUCUCACUGAAUUCCUCCUUAGCAAAAACUACGAAGUCCAUGGCCUUAUUCGUACAUCUUCCAGUUUCAAUACUCAACGUAUCAAUCAUAUAUAUAUCGAUCCUCAUAACUCCAACAAAGCCCGAAUGAAAAGUUUCAUAAUGAAACUUCACUACUUUGAUCUCUCGGACGCUAGUUCUCUCCGUCGUUGGCUCGACAUUAUCCUUCCCGACGAGGUCUACGAUCUAGCUGCUCAAUCACAUGCCGCUGUUUCAUUUGAAAUCCCUGAUUAUACUGCUGAUGUCGUGGCUACUGGUGCUCUCCGUCUUUUAGAGCCAGUGAGGUCACAUAUCUCCGCUAUUGGAAGAUGUAAUGUGAAAUAUUACUAAGCUGGAUCAUCUGAGAUGUUUGGAUCUACGUCAACUCCACAAUCGGAAUACUACGCAGUUUCCAAAUGCGGUGCGCAUUGGUACACAGUGAAUUACCGCGAAGCGUAUGGGAUAUUUGAGUGUAACGGGAUUCUCUUUAACCACGAGUCACCUCGUAGAGGUGAGAAUUUUGUUACGAGGAAGAUAACUCGAGCAGUAGGAAGGAUACAAAGCAAGGUAUUUUUAGGGAAUUUACAAGCGUCCAGAGAUGCUGGGGACUACGUAGAAGCAAUGUGGAUGAUGCUGCAGCAAGAGAAACCAGAUGACUACGUUGUUGCAACGGAGGAUUCACAUACUGUUGAGGAGUUUUUAGAAGUGGCAUUCGGGUGCGUUGGAUUGAACUGGAAGGAACACGUGGAGAUCGAUAAAAGGUAUUUUAGGCCAUCGGAAGUUGAUAAUUUAAAAGGUGAUGCAAGUAAAGCGAAGAAAGUGUGAUGGAAACCAAAAGUGGGAUUUGAGCAAUUGCUGAAAAUGAUGGUGGAUGAAGAUGUAGAAUUGGCUAAAAGAGAGAAAGUACUUGUUGAUGCUGGAUAUAUUGAUGCCCAACAGCAGCCUUGAUUUCACGCGUUAUGCUUUUUGUUUUUUUAAAUCAAAUUUUCCCCAAAAAUUUUAGUGUAUCUAACUAUUUUUUUUUCUUUGACAAAAGAGGACAUUUUAGUUUGUGUUCUAGUGCGACUAUAGUUUAUAUUGAUUGUUUGGUUUUAUUGUAUUGUAUUUUUAAAUCUAUUGUUACGUGAGAAUGAGAAGUUCAAUUUUAUGUCCAAGAACUAUUUGU